AUGAGUCGGGUUAUCUGGAAACUCCACCCCGCCGCAAUGGCUUCAAGGGUCAAACUGCUAACAUUUAUAAACCAAUAUUUGGCAGCAGCAGACUAUGAUGUCAGAGUGCCGGGGGUCUAUCGAUAUAAGACUGAAAGCGAUAGACGUGGAGUGAAAGGAUUCCCUUUGUUAAGAGAAUCGGUAGAAUUCACUUUUUACUUAUUCAAGAACUUAACAACAACAAGCACUCGCCUGGAUUACCGCCCCAGAUUCGGUCGGCGGUACUUCAACUGCUUUCUUCCACUUUCGGAAUCUGGCAUCCUGGCUUUCAGUGUGGUGACGGCCGGCUCGAGUUUCUUGAGUCGUGCGAGUGCCUCAUCUGGGACGUCCGGACCGAUUGAUGGAGUUUGCAGUGGACGAGGACUUGAUGGACCGUAACCAUAGUAUAUCCCUCAUGCGUCUUCUCGACUCGAGGGGGUAGCUUGCACUACCCACCCUUCUCUUCUCCGAUUGGGAUUUAGACCUAGCCCUCUGGUGUGUCUCGACCCGCGAUAUCAGAUUCCUGAAUCGACUGUGAGAAAUGUCUACGCGCAAAGAUCGACCCAUUGCCACCCGGCUAUGUGGAUCGGGCUCUUGACUGCUUAUCUCCGGCUUUAAUCGCUUGAGGAAAGGGGGUGUCGCCCGAAAGGGUUACGCGAUCAUCCGAUUCCUACCGUAAAAACGUAGUUGAAGUAGGAUUGAACCUGAGUACCAAGUGAAAAGAGUGGCUAUGAUGCUCCAUGGUAUACCCUAGGGAUAACCGUGUCGAGCGCACUGCUCAAUACCCUGAUUUUGUUAGUGUAGGUAUGUCUAGUGGCUGCCUAGGCAGAUUCGCCUAUUCACUACGAAAAAUCUGGGUGAGUACCAUAAGAACCUCCUGUAGGGCCAGGAGUCAAACUAGUCCAGGUUCGGUAUGCUUCGGUAUACUCUCUCACGGGCUAGUCACCUAAGAGUUAAGAACCGCCUUUUUCUGAACUGUGAAUAGAAAAAGAAGGGCGGGAGAAUAUACGGGCGAGGUAAGCACGUCGGAACGGGGUGUGCCCAACUCGUACCGUACGCCCGGACAAGGACCAUCUUUCGUACCCCGUUCACCCGGCACAAGUCCGAUUGUCUCUCCCGAGAGGCGUCGGCGGAGGUUGGCUAACGCCGUCUCUCCAACCAUCGGUUUGGGUUUAAGUAACGCCCCAGUGGCCGGUAGCCAAACUGAUGGAGGCAGAAAUGCCGGUCCGUUGCUAAAUGCGGGAACGGACCAAAACGCCGGUGUGGUGGAUACAGGUGGAAGAGUCUUUUGGUCUACGCAAGAAAAGACCAGGCUCAAGUACGAAUACGACCGUCUUCGUGAACGACGCCGUCGAGACAAAGUUCGAAAUCCUACGGUCGAUAAGGCCAUGGAAAUCCUUUGGGAAGAUCUCCGGUUGAAAAUUGAAGAUAGGUACGGUGUCACAUUGCCGCAAAGAAGCGCAAGCUCUUUGAAAAACCAGUACCCCAAAGUUAUUCUGCGGGGGCUCCCAGAUUCGGGCCUGCCUUGGGCGGGGGUUCAGGUAAAUGAUACUGGACAAGUCGUAGUCGUAGACCAUGCUGAGGCGGCUACCCUUCGGGGGUCCAGCCCAGCAGCGGUCGACGGGGAGGCCGAAGAACCGGUAGUACCCCCGUUACCCGCGGCAGAGGUCGUUGAAUCGGCUGCUGACGCUGCGGUGCCCGAUCCGCAAAGCGAGAUCGUGGCUGACCAGGGUGUGGAGACACGCCCUGUCGAGAACCCCCCCGCUAAUAGCCGGGAGACUGAAACGGAACCCGUAGAGGUAGAGCCUUACCUCGAAGGGCAGUAUAAAUUCUUCGUUUCUAAGAUCCUUGGGAAAUCGAUGUGGCGGAAGCCUAUCAAAUACCCGAGGAGAGUCCCGGAAACCCUGUGGCGUCAAGCCAAUGAGUUGAUUGAGAGAUCGAUUCGACAGGGGGAAGUGUCGAUUCAGAGCCUGAACUGCAUGGUUUAUGCUGCUGGGUGCGCGGUUAAGUCUUCGCUGGACAAGAAGGAUCAGGAAGCUAAGCGGCGUGAAUCCGAGUGGUAUGCGUGUAGGAAGGCCGAGAUUAAGGCACUCGAGAGGUAUCUCAAUUUCAUUGACCUGGAGUUAAAGCGUCGCUCUGCGUCGCGGCCGUUGACAUCAAGGCAAAGGCAGAACUUGGGUGUGCUCAUUACGAAGUAUGGGCGUGCUCGGGUUAGGUCUGGUGUCCGGCUCUCGGAAUUGCAGGCAAUGUUACGAGACGCCUUAGUGGGAAUCCGAAAGUGUAUGGCGAAGCGCUCGGCAGACAAGAAACGGAAACAGGGCAAAUUUGUUCCUAUUCAACGUUACUUAGAGCCUAGCAGUGCGGAGCCUCGACUCUCUCCAGACACGGUUCGUGCAUAUUGGAAUGACAUUGUGGGAUCUUCCCAACAGUCAACGUCAGAUUCGACGAUUCAAGACUGGUCUUCCAAUUUAAGCGUUCCGAGUCAAGAGUUGAACGCAAGUAAGAUCAUGGGGUGGUGGAGAGCCGCCGUUUCGAAGAGCAAGCCCAACAAAGCUGCUGGUCCUGAUGGUAUUCCCGGGGUACUGUGGAAACGCUUCAGGUCGGCUAGUGAGUGGGUUUGUACCUGGUUAUAUCGCUUAUUACAGAAGCGAAGGAUAAUCACGCCAAGAUGGUUGUCUGUUGGUAGAGUCGUAUUGUUACCAAAGAAAGGACCUCUCGAGGAUCCCGCCAACUAUAGACCCAUCGCGUGCCUGAACACUGUAUAUAAGUUGAUAACCUCGGUAGUAGAAAUGGCAGUUCGAGAGCAGAUCCAGGCUUGUCCUGGACUAGUCCCAUACGAGCAGAUAGCUAACCGUAAAGGCGUAUGGGGCUGUACGCAUGCGAGUAUCGUAGACCGUAUGAUAACCGGUGCAAGCCGAGAAGGUAAGGGCGGUGGGUUUCCGGACCUACGCGUCCUAUUUUACGAUUGUAAAAAGGCCUUCGACAGCGUAAACCGAGAUCAUAUGUUCGCUGUUUUGAGAGUAGCAAACGUGAACGUUAAGGUCGUGCAUCUACUCCACACACUAUCUCAGCAAUGGUGUGUCCGAUACGAGCUCCGUCGAAACAACCGUGUGGAGAGAAGUAGCCCGCUGAGGGUGAAAAGAGGACUGCUGCAAGGCGACACUCUCUCUCCUACAUGGUUUUGCCUAUGCAUGGCUCCAAUAUCAGCCUCUAUUAAAACCCUUAACCCUGGCCCAACCCUUCGGCCGAACAUGGGGAAUGGGCGAAAUAGAGGGCAGGUGGCGAUCCAAGUUAGUCAUGUGUUCUACAUGGAUGACUUGAAAGUGUAUUGCCCCCGCGUAGCCGAUCAACGCAGAAUGGAACAGAAUAUUCCACAGUUGUUCGGUGAAAUUGGACUAAGCAUAAAUGCGAGUAAGAGCGCAGCAGCCGCAGCCGUGGGAAGAUACGUUGAAUCCGAGUUGCCAGUUCUUGGGACGAAGGAUGAGUACAAGUACCUGGGAAUAGAAAGCGGUUUUGUUGUAAAUGAGGUGGCCGCCCUUGACAGAAUGCAGGCCGUUCUGCUAAACCGUGUAGAAGCGAUUCUAUCGGUUAAAGAACAUACUGUUGGUCAGAGGCGCGACGCUAUACGAGCGAAAGCGAUCCCUGGGGGGGCCUAUAUCCUGGGUCACAUCAUUUUGAGUGACUUGGACCCCAGGGGUGCUGCUGAGCGCAUGCGUCGGUUGGAUAUCGAGAUUCGGCGUUUAGUCAAAUCAGCUGGUAUUCUUCACGACAAGUGUAGUACAGCGCGUAUUCACCUUAGCUGUGAACAGGGAGGUCUAGCUUGGCCGUCGAUGGAGAGAGCUUAUUAUGUAGCAGUUGCAUAUUCAGCCUCCUAUCUUCUGACAAGUCAAGACGAAACUAUCAGUCGUGCCAGAGACUACUUCGUCUCGGGUCGAUUGAGUAACAAGUUUACUGUUUACAAGCACCUUACGAGCAUCGUAGACUCCCUUGGUUUAUCGGUAGAACUGCCGGAUCCGAAUGGACUUCCUACCGGUCAACCGUCCGUCCUGGCUAGAACUAUUGCGAGAGCGAUAGAUGCCAAGUUGGAAGCGCAGUGGAAGGAAACUUUGCUAACUUACCAGCGCGCAGGGCGAGUCGAAAGGGCAGAUCCGACGGUCGUGGACCAUGCAAACUCAUACCAUUGGUUGAGAAAAGCAUGGAUAAACGAGAAAGCGUACCAACAUGCCGUGAGUGUUAUGGAGGGAACUCUUUUGGAGGGAGUGAACCCUCACGGUGUGUUGACCAUGUGUAGAGCGUGUAAAGCUCCAAGUGCAAGCAUUGCUCACAUCAUUACUGGCUGCGCCGAAUUGCGCAAAAGCCAUAUGAAGGUGAGGCAUGAUGGAGUUACUCGCUGGCUAUACAAUGCUCUGACUGAGGUAGAUGGUAGCCUACCGAAGUUCCACUAUACGCAACAGAUCCCGGCAGAGAUGAGGGGUGAGCGACUCACUGUCCGUUACGACUCGGACAUAGUUACUCCCAAUAAACCUCGUCACAACAGACCGGAUCUUGUUGUCUUCGACUCUACUAGAAAGGUGAUUUAUAUAGUAGAGGUCAGUGUAACGUGGUUGAGUGUGUUGCAAAAGCAAUACGAUAACAAGCUCAACAGGUAUGCAGUGAACAGUAAUCACGAGUUCAGUGAGAGCAUACCAUAUCCGCCUGGUGUGAACCUUGCUAACGAGAUAAGGGUUUUGUAUCCUCAGUUUACUGGGGGUGUGAAGGUAUUCCCUAUGAUUAUCUCGCCAACAGGGGAAGUACACAUGCAAUUUGUGCCCCACCUUGCAGAGUUACUCGAAAAUCCGAACAUUCCUCGGAUUCUAGAGAAAAUUCAACGCUCGGUUGUGCUUGGUACAGAUUACAUUAUCCGGUCAUACUUCGCCAUGUAAUUAGGCAGUGCUCCUAGCGGAGUGCCGUGAAGUGGUGUCAGUACCCGUCGUGUGGAAAGCCCAGGAGGGUUAGUACCGACAGUGGGAAACCCGCUGCACGCAACCUAAAGACAUUUGCCCUUCGGGGGAGAGGUAUGAGACCACACUAGUCAUGGUUGCUUGCGCAAGCAUGACUCAUUCAUUGUAAGUUCGUAUUAUGAGGCCUCGCGGAAUGCGAAAGUCCAAGAGCGCCAACUUGUCUCUUUGGGAGGUUCCUCCGGGUUCCUUAGGGUUGGCGUACCAUGCUUCGUGUGAGACCUAGGCCGCUUGGACCUAGAGUUAAGCUGUUGCAUGUUUGAGGAUGCCUUAGGCGGACGCCAUGGUGACGCGUAUGAAUGCCGGUCUGGGAACUGGGGUGCCAGCGGUGUUGAUUAGGUCCAAGUUCUUUGGCCAAAGAUCCGCCCUCGGUUUAGCAGUACCGAACGAGUAUACCUUCAAGUGGUGGCACUGAAUUAGACUGAAUACUCUGAACUGUAGACUUUUGUGCAACUGUGUAUGGUGUGGAAGACUUGUUUGUACCACUAUCAGCUUUAUUGGGGCUCGUUACUGUUUCAUACAGGUAGAUGUCCCCUUUAGAGAUUUCCCUGCAGUUUGCGCUCCAAGUCGCUAGCCUCUUGCGUGUAGUCAAAGGAAUACAUUCGCCGUCGGUGACAGGGCUAUACCCGGCGACUACGGACUUGUUUAUUACGUAGUGCAGCCUCGUUUAAGACGAAUGUGAAAAGAAGGUGUGAUUACUAAGCGUUAUGAGUCGGGUUAUCUGGAAACUCCGCCCCGCCGCAAUGGCUUCAAGGGUCAAACUGCUAACAUUUUAAACCAAUAUUUGGCAGCAGCAGACUAUGAUGUCAGAGUGCCGGGGGUCUAUCGAUAUAAGACUGAAAGCGAUAGACGUGGAGUGAAAGGAUUCCCUUUGUUAAGAGAAUCGGUAGAAUUCACUUUUUACUUAUUCAAGAACUUAACAGCAACAAGCACUCGCGAGGAUUACCGCCCCAGAUUCGGUCGGCGGUACUUCACCUGCUUUCUUCCACUUUCGGAAUCUGGCAUCCUGGCUUUCAGUGUGGUGAUGGCCGGCUUGAGUUUUCUUGAGUCGUGCGAGUGCCUCAUCUGGGACGUCCGGACCGAUUGAUGGAGUCUGCAGUGGACGAGGACUUGAUGGACCGUAACCAUAGUAUAUCCCUCAUGCGUCUUCUCGACUCGAGGGGGUAGCUUGCACUACCCACCCUUCUCUUCUCCGAUUGGGAUUUAGACCUAGCCCUCUGGUGUGUCUCGACCCGCGAUAUCAGAUUCCUGAAUCGACUGUGAGAAAUGUCUACGCGCAAAGAUCGACCCAUUGCCACCCGGCUAUGUGGAUCGGGCUCUUGACUGCUUAUCUCCGGCUUUAAUCGCUUGAGGAAAGGGGGGUGUCGCCCGAAAGGGUUACGCGAUCAUCCGAUUCCUACCGUAAAAACGUAGUUGAAGUAGGAUUGAACCUGAGUACCAAGUGAAAAGAGUGGCUAUAAUGCUCCAUGGUAUACCCUAGGGAUAACCGUGUCGAGCGCACUGCUCAAUACCCUGAUUUGUUAGUGUAGGUAUGUCUAGUGGCUGCCUAGGCAGAUUCGCCUAUUCACUACGUAAAAUCUGGGUGAGUACCAUAAGAACCUCCUGUAGGGCCAGGAGUCAAACUAGUCCAGGUUCGGUAUGCUUCGGUAUACUCUCUCACGGGCUAGUCACCUAAGAGUUAAGAACCGCCUUUUUCUGCACUGUGAAUAGAAAAAGAAGGGCGGGAGAAUAUACGGGCGAGGUAAGCACGUCGGAACGGGGUGUGCCCAACUCGUACCGUACGCCCGGACAAGGACCAUCUUUCGUACCCCGUUCACCCGGCACAAGUCCGAUUGUCUCUCCCGAGAGGCGUCGGCGGAGGUUGGCUAACGCCGUCUCUCCAACCAUCGGUUUGGGUUUAAGUAACGCCCCAGUGGCCGGUAGCCAAACUGAUGGAGGCAGAAAUGCCGGUCCGUUGCUAAAUGCGGGAACGGACCAAAACGCCGGUGUGGUGGAUACAGGUGGAAGAGUCUUUUGGUCUACGCAAGAAAAGACCAGGCUCAAGUACGAAUACGACCGUCUUCGUGAACGACGCCGUCGAGACAAAGUUCGAAAUCCUACGGUCGAUAAGGCCAUGGAAAUCCUUUGGGAAGAUCUCCGGUUGAAAAUUGAAGAUAGGUACGGUGUCACAUUGCCGCAAAGAAGCGCAAGCUCUUUGAAAAACCAGUACCCCAAAGUUAUUCUGCGGGGGCUCCCAGAUUCGGGCCUGCCUUGGGCGGGGGUUCAGGUAAAUGAUACUGGACAAGUCGUAGUCGUAGACCAUGCUGAGGCGGCUACCCUUCGGGGGUCCAGCCCAGCAGCGGUCGACGGGGAGGCCGAAGAACCGGUAGUACCCCCGUUACCCGCGGCAGAGGUCGUUGAAUCGGCUGCUGACGCUGCGGUGCCCGAUCCGCAAAGCGAGAUCGUGGCUGACCAGGGUGUGGAGACACGCCCUGUCGAGAACCCCCCCGCUAAUAGCCGGGAGACUGAAACGGAACCCGUAGAGGUAGAGCCUUACCUCGAAGGGCAGUAUAAAUUCUUCGUUUCUAAGAUCCUUGGGAAAUCGAUGUGGCGGAAGCCUAUCAAAUACCCGAGGAGAGUCCCGGAAACCCUGUGGCGUCAAGCCAAUGAGUUGAUUGAGAGAUCGAUUCGACAGGGGGAAGUGUCGAUUCAGAGCCUGAACUGCAUGGUUUAUGCUGCUGGGUGCGCUGUUAAGUCUUCGCUGGACAAGAAGGAUCAGGAAGCUAAGCGGCGUGAAUCCGAGUGGUAUGCGUGUAGGAAGGCCGAGAUUAAGGCACUCGAGAGGUAUCUCAAUUUCAUUGACCUGGAGUUAAAGCGUCGCUCUGCGUCGCGGCCGUUGACAUCAAGGCAAAGGCAGAACUUGGGUGUGCUCAUCACGAAGUAUGGGCGUGCUCGGGUUAGGUCUGGUGUCCGGCUCUCGGAAUUGCAGGCAAUGUUACGAGACGCCUUAGUGGGAAUCCGAAAGUGUAUGGCGAAGCGCUCGGCAGACAAGAAACGGAAACAGGGCAAAUUUGUUCCUAUUCAACGUUACUUAGAGCCUAGCAGUGCGGAGCCUCGACUCUCUCCAGACACGGUUCGUGCAUAUUGGAAUGACAUUGUGGGAUCUUCCCAACAGUCAACGUCAGAUUCGACGAUUCAAGACUGGUCCUCCAAUUUAAGCGUUCCGAGUCAAGAGUUGAACGCAAGUAAGAUCAUGGGGUGGUGGAGAGCCGCCGUUUCGAAGAGCAAGCCCAACAAAGCUGCUGGUCCUGAUGGUAUUCCCGGGGUACUGUGGAAACGCUUCAGGUCGGCUAGUGAGUGGGUUUGUACCUGGUUAUAUCGCUUAUUACAGAAGCGAAGGAUAAUCACGCCAAGAUGGUUGUCUGUUGGUAGAGUCGUAUUGUUACCAAAGAAAGGACCUCUCGAGGAUCCCGCCAACUAUAGACCCAUCGCGUGCCUGAACACUGUAUAUAAGUUGAUAACCUCGGUAGUAGAAAUGGCAGUUCGAGAGCAGAUCCAGGCUUGUCCUGGACUAGUCCCAUACGAGCAGAUAGCUAACCGUAAAGGCGUAUGGGGCUGUACGCAUGCGAGUAUCGUAGACCGUAUGAUAACCGGUGCAAGCCGAGAAGGUAAGGGCGGUGGGUUUCCGGACCUACGCGUCCUAUUUUACGAUUGUAAAAAGGCCUUCGACAGCGUAAACCGAGAUCAUAUGUUCGCUGUUUUGAGAGUAGCAAACGUGAACGUUAAGGUCGUGCAUCUACUCCACACACUAUCUCAGCAAUGGUGUGUCCGAUACGAGCUCCGUCGAAACAACCGUGUGGAGAGAAGUAGCCCGCUGAGGGUGAAAAGAGGACUGCUGCAAGGCGACACUCUCUCUCCUACAUGGUUUUGCCUAUGCAUGGCUCCAAUAUCAGCCUCUAUUAAAACCCUUAACCCUGGCCCAACCCUUCGGCCGAACAUGGGGAAUGGGCGAAAUAGAGGGCAGGUGGCGAUCCAAGUUAGUCAUGUGUUCUACAUGGAUGACUUGAAAGUGUAUUGCCCCCGCGUAGCCGAUCAACGCAGAAUGGAACAGAAUAUUCCACAGUUGUUCGGUGAAAUUGGACUAAGCAUAAAUGCGAGUAAGAGCGCAGCAGCCGCAGCCGUGGGAAGAUACGUUGAAUCCGAGUUGCCAGUUCUUGGGACGAAGGAUGAGUACAAGUACCUGGGAAUAGAAAGCGGUUUUGUUGUAAAUGAGGUGGCCGCCCUUGACAGAAUGCAGGCCGUUCUGCUAAACCGUGUAGAAGCGAUUCUAUCGGUUAAAGAACAUACUGUUGGUCAGAGGCGCGACGCUAUACGAGCGAAAGCGAUCCCUGGGGGGGCCUAUAUCCUGGGUCACAUCAUUUUGAGUGACUUGGACCCCAGGGGUGCUGCUGAGCGCAUGCGUCGGUUGGAUAUCGAGAUUCGGCGUUUAGUCAAAUCAGCUGGUAUUCUUCACGACAAGUGUAGUACAGCGCGUAUUCACCUUAGCUGUGAACAGGGAGGUCUAGCUUGGCCGUCGAUGGAGAGAGCUUAUUAUGUAGCAGUUGCAUAUUCAGCCUCCUAUCUUCUGACAAGUCAAGACGAAACUAUCAGUCGUGCCAGAGACUACUUCGUCUCGGGUCGAUUGAGUAACAAGUUUACUGUUUACAAGCACCUUACGAGCAUCGUAGACUCCCUUGGUUUAUCGGUAGAACUGCCGGAUCCGAAUGGACUUCCUACCGGUCAACCGUCCGUCCUGGCUAGAACUAUUGCGAGAGCGAUAGAUGCCAAGUUGGAAGCGCAGUGGAAGGAAACUUUGCUAACUUACCAGCGCGCAGGGCGAGUCGAAAGGGCAGAUCCGACGGUCGUGGACCAUGCAAACUCAUACCAUUGGUUGAGAAAAGCAUGGAUAAACGAGAAAGCGUACCAACAUGCCGUGAGUGUUAUGGAGGGAACUCUUUUGGAGGGAGUGAACCCUCACGGUGUGUUGACCAUGUGUAGAGCGUGUAAAGCUCCAAGUGCAAGCAUUGCUCACAUCAUUACUGGCUGCGCCGAAUUGCGCAAAAGCCAUAUGAAGGUGAGGCAUGAUGGAGUUACUCGCUGGCUAUACAAUGCUCUGACUGAGGUAGAUGGUAGCCUACCGAAGUUCCACUAUACGCAACAGAUCCCGGCAGAGAUGAGGGGUGAGCGACUCACUGUCCGUUACGACUCGGACAUAGUUACUCCCAAUAAACCUCGUCACAACAGACCGGAUCUUGUUGUCUUCGACUCUACUAGAAAGGUGAUUUAUAUAGUAGAGGUCAGUGUAACGUGGUUGAGUGUGUUGCAAAAGCAAUACGAUAACAAGCUCAACAGGUAUGCAGUGAACAGUAAUCACGAGUUCAGUGAGAGCAUACCAUAUCCGCCUGGUGUGAACCUUGCUAACGAGAUAAGGGUUUUGUAUCCUCAGUUUACUGGGGGUGUGAAGGUAUUCCCUAUGAUUAUCUCGCCAACAGGGGAAGUACACAUGCAAUUUGUGCCCCACCUUGCAGAGUUACUCGAAAAUCCGAACAUUCCUCGGAUUCUAGAGAAAAUUCAACGCUCGGUUGUGCUUGGUACAGAUUACAUUAUCCGGUCAUACUUCGCCAUGUAA